AUGGCGGGCAGCCGGCGAGCGUGUCAAAGGGGCGGGGUUGGAGGGAGUGACGUCAUCUUCCGGAGGCGGCCGGCAAGGAGCUUUCCCGACUCGGGUGGGGACUUGGAGUGGCUUGUUUUGGAGAGGAAGCGGCAGCUGCGGCGUCGUCAGAGGCAGCUCUGGCCGGAAGCGGGGACUGGCAGGCGAGACUACGAGGGUCUCUUUGUGAGUCGGGGGAGCUUUAAAUGGAGGAGAGGGUCCAGGGGGUGGGAAAGAGGGGAGGGAGAGGAGGACUCAAUGAAAUCAAUGGACAUCACUAACUUAGGGCUAUUUGGUUCAAUGGGUCUCCUCUUGAGCGGGUCUUGGAUGCAACUCGUGGCGUUUCAGAAGAUUUUGCUUCCAUAAUUCGCUAGUCUAUUUACAUCUUCACUUUGGAUACUACAGUACUUUUCCUCUUACACAAGAGCAAUGGGUUUGCACAAUAAUAAUAAUGUGUUUGUGGGAGCCUUGUUACUGGGUUGUUUCCCACCCCCCCAAAAAAAAUAUUGAUUUUCCAAAAAUGUUAAACAAACAUAAAUCUCAAUCGUAUUUAAAACAAUUUUAGUGACAUUGUUAAGUGACUUCCUUGAAUCCUCCUAGUUGAAUUUCAGUGUGUAUCAUUUUAACAGUUUUCCAAAACCAAUUUUCUCAUAAAAUUAACUUAAUCACUUAACAUCUUUCUUUCUUUCUAUUUUAGCUUUAGAUAUAUUAAUUCCUAACAUUACAUAUUUAAAGCCUAUCUAAUAUUUGCAAGCUUUUCCAAUUAAGUUAUCUUAACAUAUUUAACUAAAUAGUCUUUGAAUUCCAUCCAUUCUUCCUGAUAUUCCUCCUCCUUUUGGUGGCGGACUCUUCCAGUCAGGUUGGCUAGCUCCGAAAAAUCUAUCAUCUUCAUCUGCCAUUCCUCCACUGUUGGGAUUUCUUGUGUUUUCCAAUUCUUAGCUAACAAAAUUCUUGCUGCAGUUGUGGCAUACAAAAACAAUUUAACAUCUUUCUUGGGCAAUUCCAAACCUGUUAUUCCAAAAAGAAAGGGCUCUGGUUUCUUAAUAAAUGUAUAUUUCAACAUUUUUUUCAGUUCAUUAUAAAUGAAGUCUUUCACCUUGGGGGAGGUCCACCACAUCUGAUAAAAGGUACCCUCCUUUUCUUUACAUUUCCAACAUUAUCACUGUUGUGGUAAAUCUUUGCUAAUUUUACAGGGGUUAAGUACCAUCUAUACAUCAUUUUCAUAAUAUUUUCCUUUGACACCGUACAUGCAGUAAACUUGACCCCUUUCUUCCGGGUUGUUGUUUUUUAAAUGUGUUUUGGUUUCUCGUUUUGUGCUUUUAUUUAGUGAACUGCCCUGUGAUACGGCUACUACUAAUAAAGUGGACUCUGCUCCCAAGAAAGCAGUUGUGUUGUAAUAAAUUUAUCCAAGCUUAUCACAGAAUAUCGUGUUUUCAAAACAGACAGAUGUGUCAUGGAAAUACAUUUUCUUUUAAUGAUAUUUGUAAAUUUUGAUAAUAACAUUUUUAAAAAGAAAAUAUUAAUUGUUUGGUUGUGGCAUUAGCUUGCAUGGGGCAGAUACAAACACAGUAUUGAUGAAAGGGGGGGAGGGAAGCUGAUGCUACAGGUGGGUACUGUUAAUAUAAAGCCAUUUAUCACACUGCAUACAGAGAAGACGACAAUAACAUUCAAAGGCAAAAUUGAAGCCGGAUGAUGAAACCAGGCUAGAAAAAGCAGCAACUUGAAUCACUCAUAUACAAAACAUACAGCAAUCCAGUUGUAUGAGCAGACUAUUUGAUCAGCAUAGGUGUGAUCCACACCCAACUUGUUUUACCUCCCCUGUGCUUUUGAAGUUGCUUGAUGCAGAUAUUAAGCAACUGAAGUGCUUUUUUUAAAAAUAUGCUUUUUAUUAAAUUUUCAUUUCAAAUACACCAACACCAACAAACAAAUAUUUCAAGUCUUUUUACAUCUGUCUUACUUUAUGCUCCAUAGAGCUGUUGACUUCCCUCCUUCCCUUCCGCAGGUUUUCUUAUUCCAAUCCUUAAUUCACAGUUCCUUAAUUAACAACUAAACCAUGACAUAAGAUUUAUUUCAGUCCUGCUAACGUCUUCAAAUUUCUACAGUUCUCACUUAUAUGGACCAAUUUACUCCAUUAUUUUUGGUACUUUAUUUCCUCCUGACUGCGAAUCCUAUGUGUCAGUUUUGCUAAUUCCGUGUACUUGACCAACUUUGUCUGCCACUCCUUUACAGUCGGUAUCUCCUGUGUUUUCCACUUUUGGGCUAUCAAAACUCUGGCAGCUGUCGUAGCAUACAUAUAUAAUCUUUGGUCCGUCAGCUUAAUAUCCUCUCCUAUCAAAACUAUCAAUAGUUCUUCAGGCUUUUUUGGGAAAGUAUAUUUAAACAUCUUUUUCAAUUCAUUAUAGAUCAAUUCCCAAAACUUUCAUUUUAUCACAUGUCCACCACAUGUGGUAAAAAAUCCCCAUCCUUUUCUUUACAUUUCCAACAGAUUUUGCUACUUGUUCUAUACAUUUUUGCUAGUUUGUCAGGUGUUAGAUAUCAGCGAUAGACCAUUUUCAUUACAUUCUCUUUUAAAGUAGAGCAUGCAACUGAAGUUCUUCAGGGUAUGGCAGGGAAGUGAUGAGGGGAGAGCUUUGCCUCCUUAAUUUCCGCAUGCCAGCCAGUACUUAAUAAUACAGGAGACAGGGCCUGCCAGUAUGAAUGCCGUCAGCCUUAUACUGAGGUGCCAGGGCAGUGAAAGUUGUGGGUUGUGUGCCAUCUGCAGCAUUAAGGGUAUUCUGAGGACAAUAGGAUUGUGAGAUAUUGACCAGAAUGAACGCCGAGGGACCUUUUGGGAUGGAUUAGAGAUGGGGGGUGUAGCUCACUGCAGAGCACCCAGAAAGGUAUUGGAAGAAGGGGAGGACGAUUAUGACUGAAAGGCUGAGAAGGAGGAAGACACUGGUCUCUGAAAUGGCCCUCAGUAUUGAAGGGGUGUGAGGGUGGAGAAUGAAGGCUAGCAAGGGUCUGUGGCAGGUGUGAGGAACCUGUGGCCCUCUAAAUGUUGCUGGACUACAACUCCCAUCGUCCCUGGGCUGUGGCUGAUGAAAGUUGUAGUACCACAGUAUCUAGAGGACCAGAGAGUUCUGCACACUUAGUCUACGGAGCAGGUAGCAUAAUGACUCUGUCUCCCAUCUUUAGCCCUCACCUCCAGCCCCAUGAAGCGGAAGCAUCAGCUCAUCUCGGAUACAUUCCAGGUGAAAAAACGACGGCUGGUUCUCGGAUCGGAGCCUCUCGAACAGGGUAAGAAUGGAGGAAGUGUUGUGUGGUGAGGCGUCAGAGUUCUCUCUCUGCAUGGGGAGGUGUGCGUGAGUGGACUUAUGGGGGGAUGAUGAGUGAGAGGUGAGUGCCAUCAAUUCUGGGUGGCAUGAGGCAGAGUGCUGCAGAAAUAUGCCAGCUUCUUAUGUUUCCUCCCCCAGAAGGCCCCGAGGCAGUAGAAUCUGCACUCCAGUUCUUGGCCUCUCUCUUCCCCCGCAAAUUAUUUGAGGAUUUUCUGCCACCCUUGAUUCUGAGACACCAGAUCUACAGCCUCGUCAAAGACCGAACAACCGUUGACAGGCACUUGGUAGGUGGUUCCUUCCUCAGUUCAGAGGCCAGGUAGAGGAAUAUGGAGGGCUGAAUUUGCCCCCCACUCCCCCGGACCUGAGGUUCCCCAGGAUAUGGGGUGUUUGAAGAACCAAAGGAUCCUAUGGGAAACCUAUAAACCUCCUCCUCCUCUCAUGCACACACGCACACACCCUACCAUGAUUUCAAUAAAAUGAGGUGUGUGUCUAUAGAUAGACAAAUCUCUCUUCCUUCUGCCUCCAAUUCUCCACCUUCAGAGUUUGCAUUUGAAAUAGACUGGUUAAAAUAAAUAAAACCUCCUCCUCCCUCUGUGUCUUUCUCCAGAGCCAGCUGAAAGAUGAGGGCCGGAUCCGGAUGUUCCAGCAUGGUUUCGAUGCAGACACUUUCGUUGUGGCGUUCACAGACAACUAUAAAUCUAAGGUCUUGUGUCCUUUUUGUGUGUGUGUAUGUGAUGAGUUGAGGGGCAUUGCAGAAGCGGGGAGAGAUUGUGACGGCUCUUUCUCCCACAGGUGCUAGAGUUUACGUCUGGGAAGGACUUUGACAGGACUGUUAGGAAAUUCCUGGAUUCUGUCCUCAGCUCCUGCCCCGACAUCAGUUUCGACAAAAGAAGGAUGGUGCGAGAGUUUGGCUUCAGUGAUGCGGAAAUCACGUGAGUAAAGUUUUCCCCAGAGUGGAGACAGAGUAGGGUGUGUUCUGAGGGCCGUGUAUGAAGAUUGGGCUUCUUCUUUGAGGUUUUGCUGUGUCCGGUUAUAAUGAAUCUUAGUAAAUCGAUUGAAUUCGUUCUGAUUGGUUUAAAUCUGCAUAAUUUUGUAUGGGGUUAAACAACCCAGUUCCCUGGGGGCAAGGGGAAGUAUUCUGUGCCACAGCAGGCACCCUCUAAAAAUGUAGUAAUGUACUGUUUAUAAGAGCAUGAGACUCUUAAUCUCAGGAUUGUGGGUUCGAGUUACACACUGGGCAGAAAGAUGCAGGAGGUUAGAUGAAACGACCCUUGGGGUCCCUUCCAAGUGUACAAUUCUAUGACUACAAUUGUACAAAGAAAAACAAAAGCCCUCAAAGCUGUUUACAAAAAUAAUAACAAAUAGGGCUUUGACCAUCAUACCUGACGGUUAACUUGCAUGGAGAUUGUUGAGUAACAGGUAGUGUCUUGCCCAGAGCUGAGAUCCAGGCACCUCAGAAGAAGAAACAGUGGCUCAUACUGGGAUCCUCAAACACACUUAGAGGUGCGGUUUGGUCAUUUUGAACUCUGGACUUAGUUGUCUUACAUCUCCUGGCCUCUCCAUAAUGGGAAGUACGUUACUUCAAAAUGCAGUAAGCCAGCUCUGCUGCGUUUGGGGAGACUCCUUCUCUGUUUGUGGAACAGGACCCUGGGCCUUUUCUCUGAAGUCCUGUCCUGAUAGCAUCACUGAGCAACGCUUUCCUUAGACUCCCGUUAUCUCCGGCUUUCCACAGUCCCAGAAGCGGCUGCAUCUUGGUGCAAAAGGGGCAAGUGGUAAUGGGGGGAAUUACAUUUCUCUCCCAUUCCUGUGUUUUAUGUUCAGGCAGCUGGUGAAUGCCGGAGUCCUGACUGUCCGGGACGCAGGGAGCUGGUGGCUGGCAGUGCCUGGAGCAGGUCGUUUUGUCAAAUGCUUCAUCAAAGGUUAGUUCGUUUCCCUGCUCCAGGCAAAAGCUGGGACACCUCUGACGGCAGCAACCUAGUGAUCUGUGUUGUGUGUGUCUCUCCGUCUUCCCAGGGAGAAAAGCUGUGCUGAGCAUGAUCCAGAAGGCCAAAUACAAGGAGGUUUUGCUGUCUGACUUGCAGAACCGCCGAGCUCCAAGCGCCGUGAAGCUGGGCCUUCCUUACCACAUCCAUGACCUUAUUGGAGCCCAGCUGGUGGACUGGUACUAGACUUCUGCUCUCGCUCCCACCUGUGAAAAACCAAAUGUUGCCUUGGAUCUCAGCCUGUUGCUGUGGAGCUUGAUCCUGCCCUUGGGCAGCCAACCAAGGCUGUAAUCCUACAUACCGGGGAGUGGGGUCCUUUUCUGGGCUGGUGACUUGGAUCCCAACCUCUCUUAUCCCCAGGGGCCCACCUGCCAAUCACCUGAUGUCAUCAGAGGGGGUCUCUGUCAUCAGCAGGGACAGCAGGCCCUGCUUGCAAAGGAAUGCUUGGGAGCUGCUUUCACUUGGGAGCAAAUUUGCUCUUCUGCAGCUGCAUCCUUACCUGGUUACAGGGAACCAGGCAGAGGGCCUUCUCGGUAGUGGCACCCGCCCUGUGGAAUGCCCUCCCACCAGAUGUCAAAGAGAAAAACAACUACCAGGCUUUUAGAAGACAUCUGAAGGUAGACUUGUAUACCCAUGUAGUAUCUGAAACCAAAGGGGCACAUUGGUUGCCAGAUGUGAAAUACAUGGGCGUUACUUUCAUCUCUCCUACCCCACUAGAAUAGGGAUGCAGGUGGUGCUGUCAUCUAAACCACAGAGCCUAGGGCUUGCCGGUCAGAAGGUUGGCGGUUCGAAUCCCUGCGACGGCGUGAGCUCCCAUUGUUCGGUCCCUGCUCCUGCCAACCUAGCAGUUCGAAACCACAUCAAAGUACAAGUAGAUAAAUAGGUACCACUCCGGCGGGAAGAUAAACGGCAUUUCCAUGCGCUGCUCUGGUUCGCCAGAAGCGGCUUAGUCAUGCUGGCCACAUGACCUGGAAGCUGUACGCUGGCUCCCUCGGCCAAUAAAGCGAGAUGAGCGCCACAACCCCAGAGUCGUCCACAACUGGACCUAAUGGUCAGGGGUCCCUUUACCUUUAUGAUGUCAAAAUAGACUUCACUACAGGAUGCUAGACUAGAUGGGCCCUGGCCUGAUGCUGCUGGGGCUCUUCUUAUGCUCUUCUUAUUCUGUCCUGAUUUUAACCUGAUCACCUCAUUCUCGCUUCCUCUAGCGUGCCCACGACCUCCGGCACCCUCCUCCGACUGGCUGAUGAUUAAGGACGUGCCACUUGUCUGCCACCAAACCAACAGCUGUGCCUAAAAUGAAUGGAUGCUGCUUGGGGCUCUCGCCACGGGGGACAGGAUGCCUACCUGAGCCAUCAGCAUCGUUGUGAACAAACAGGACCUUUUCCAGCAAAUUUUUUUUUCUAAUUAUUAUUUAUAAAACAGAUUUAUAUUUUGCACUUAAUAUGGGCCUAAUGUGCGAGAGCAUCUUAGCAGGACCCCUGACUGAUGUGACUUGACUGACGAGAGGCCGUGGAUAAGAGAGGAGGGAGCUACUUGUACAAUCUCUCAGCUUGAUCUCUGGAUGCCGGAGAACCGUUGGAAACCUGCGCAUCUAAGAACAGCCAGGGCCAAGAUGUUCCCACAAGGAAUUCAUUCCUGGCAGUGUGUGUGUGGCCGUGUAUGUAUGAGUGUUGAUCUCUUAGAUGACACCAGAGUCUCAGAAAAUUACAUUGGAGCUUGAUUAAAAGCAUUUCUUCUUGGCUCACUGA